CGAAUUUGGACGCGACGAAACCGAAAACUCCACCACAAAACCCAUAUCACCACACAUACUCCACCAUGUCUAGAGAGAAGCGACCCGCCAAUGAAGCUUUUGGCACAAGCCAGUUGGUCAAGCGCACCAAGUCGGAUGCCAACCUUGGAGGAAGCUCUGCAAUAGCUGUAGUCAACGGCUCGGGCGCAAAUGGCGCCCUCAUACAAGCGGGGUCGCGCGCCAGCGCACUGCAGUCGCCAGUCAUGGAAUUAACAGGCCACUCAGGCGAAGUCUUUGCAGCACGAUUCGAUCCGACUGGACAGUGCAUCGCUUCUGGCUCUAUGGAUCGUUCUAUAUUGCUUUGGCGCAGCUCCGACACUUGCGAAAACUAUGGCAUCCUCACUGGUCACAAGCAGGCAGUACUCGACUUGCACUGGUCACGCGAUUCCAAAGUCCUCUUCUCAGCAUCAGCAGACAUGCACCUAGCAAGUUGGGACGUCGAAACUGGAGAGAGAAUACGAAGACAUCCAGGUCAUGAGGAGGUUAUUAAUUGUAUGGACGUGAGCAAGCGCGGUGAAGAGGUGCUCGUUAGCGGUUCCGAUGACGGCUAUAUUGGAAUUUGGGACACUAGAACAAAAGAUGCCGUAACCUUUAUCCAGACCGACUUUCCUAUAACAGCAAUAUGCCUAGCAGAAGCUGGAAACGAGCUAUUCACAGGCGGCAUUGACAACGACAUUAAAGUCUGGGAUCUGCGGAAACAGGCAGUGACGUACACACUGAUUGGACACACCGAUACAGUCACUUCGCUCCAAAUGUCUCCAGAUAACCAAACACUAUUAUCCAACGCACACGAUUCGACUGUUAGGACGUGGGAUGUAAGGCCCUUUGCUCCCGCUGACCGACGCAUACAAACGUACGAUGGAGCCCCUACCGGCCAAGAGCGCAACCUCUUGAAGGCUAGCUGGGACUUCAAGGGCGAAAAGAUUGCAGCUGGUAGCGGGGAUCAGAGCGUGGCCGUUUGGGAGACGCGAACAGGGAAACUCUUGCACAAACUGCCAGGCCACCGAGGCGCUGUCAAUGACGUGCGUUUCCACCCUCUUGGCGAACCCAUUUUGGUCUCCGCCUCGUCAGACCGCAAAGUCAUGGUAGGCGAGCUCGGCAAGUGAAAGGGUGAAGCUUCGGUAUCUUGGCUACGUACACAGUUCUGACUCGAAGAGAUGGGCACGAGAAGCGUGGAGAAAGGCCCCAGUAGCUUCCGGCCCAGGUAGACGUCACGGGGACGUUUGUGGAUAGGCUGGAUACGCCGGUGCGACAGUUGCCAGGGUUUGAGAGUCGCAUGUACGCACACUGGUCGACGAUGCAGCGAAACCGGCGAGUAUGGUCAUUGAGAGGAUGCGUCGAAGAGAGAGAGAGAGAGAGCUGGCGUAGCAGCGCAACCAGCCGUCGACAGCAGUCUAGCCAACAAUCAACCCGACGAAAUUUG